AUGGCUGAUAAAGCAGCAGCUUUGGCUCUGGCUCUGGCUCUGGCUCUCCCUCUUUUGUUCCUCCUUUUGUCCUUCACUUCAGAAACUCUGCUAGUGGUUCAUGGACAGGUGGUGAGUGGACUGCAGUAUCAUGGAGAAGGGGUGCCCUUGUUCCUCGCCAGACACCCUCAUAAACCGUGCAUCCAUAGCCAUGAAUCUCUACUACUGGAAUUGCCAUUUCAGAAACUCUGCUCUUGUCGUCAUAACCGACCCAAUACCAUUCAGCCAGGCUCUUUUCCACCAGAAGUCAUUACCUAUGACCAGUGGACUCAACAGAAACCAGAAACAAAGCCUAUGUUUUCUGGUUGGCUUAAGGGUGCAUUUGGAGGUGGAAAGAAAGAGAUGCAAGAAUCUAUACAGCAGAACCUCAAUUUUAUUCUCAGUACUGCUCCAAUUUGGGAUAGGUUGGAGCUCAAAGGUAAUAAAUAUGUACUUGGAGAAUUUCUGGAGUUCAAGGGAAAGCCAGAAGAUCUCCAUGCCUUGAGAAAUAUCAAAAGAUCGAAAGUCAGUCGUCUGAUUAUCCAGAAGACGAGCAUGCUUGGAUUAGCGCAUUCGACGCUCCAAGUUUUGUACUCGCCUAGGGAUUAUCGAAGCGAAGGAGCUUCAGCUUCGGAGUGGAAGGAGGUAUGCGUGAGGUCGAGUACAGAGGUUGUCUUCCAGCCUCAGAACUCUACAAAAGUCCGCAAGUUCAAACUCUCUUCAGUGACUUCAACCUCGCUCAGUGCCUGAACCUUAAGUAAUAAUGGCUAUGUUGAAUAAGUAAGUACUCCAUUCCCUCAUCUAUACCCAAAAUGUCAGACUAUUUGUACAUAUGGAUAUGACAAAUUAAUUUCAUAUUAGAGGCAGAGAGAUCUCAAAAUAUGAAGAUAACAACCAUGCAUAUUGUAGUAAUGAGUAUUUUAUAAGUAUAAUAAUUUAUAAAGGAUAUAUGUAGAAAAAAUAAUUAUUUUAUUAUUAA